GAAGUUGAAGUCGGCCGCGUGCCGCCAUCUUUUAGUAGAACUUCACUUGCGUUAGCAUUCUUUUACUGUCUAUGUGAAAUGCGGGCUGAAUUCGGCUGCUGUGUCGUUCACGUGAGUUGUUUAGAUAUCCAAAUAAUAUUAUUUUGACCGUGUCCGCACACAUUAUAGCCGGUUUGUGGGCUUAUCUGGACAACUUGCCAAAACGUCAGUUUUCACACACAGUUGCUUGCUGCCCAAAAUCCUUAUACAUUAAUAUAACGUUACAUUGGGUCUAUUACUGUUACUAUGGACGAAUCUAACCGAGCCUCUUCAUACCUGGACGAGCCAGCAAACAGUCGGCUGUUUCUCGUUACAAGUAAAUCCAUAACAGAAGAGGUCAUACGGGAACAUUUCUCAGCUUUCGGGGAGAUCCAGGACAUACGGGUGGUGAGGGACAAGCAGACGAAAGAGUCGAAAGGAGUGUCGUAUGUGAAGUUCGCGAAAUCGUCGCAAGCCUGCACUGCGAUGGAGGAGAUGCACGGCCGAUGCCUGGCCGAGGGCACCAAACCCAUCAAGGUCUUCAUCGCUCAGUCCAGAUCUUCUGGCAACCACCGAGAUGUGGAGGACGAGGAGCUCACCAGGAUCUUUGUCAUGAUCCCCAAAUCCUUCUCCGAGGAGGACUUAAAAGACACAUUUAAGGUGUAUGGAGAUAUAGAGUACGCUAUUAUCAUCAGGAAUAAGACCACAGGUGAAAGCAAAGGUCUGGCUUACGUGAGAUUCCACAAACCUUCUCAAGCCGCCAAAGCCAUAGAAAACUGUGACAAAACUUUCAGGGCUAUUUUAGCGGAGCCCAGAACCAAAAAUGCGUCAAUGGACAACGACUAUUUCAGCAACCCCAGAGCGGAGCACUCUGGAAGCGAUCCAGGCUCCAGCUCUUACACGUUUGCACACGAGUCCAGCAGCUACUCCACAGGGGACGCGUGGAGCUCGGAGGUCAUCACGCAGUGCCUGCUGGUGUCCUCACGGGCCGCCGUCACGAAGGAGCAGAUCUGCAGUCUGUUCGACCUGAUCCCGGGGAUUGAUUUCUGUGAGAUGCAGAGAGAUCAACACGGCUUCAGCAAAGGUCAGGUGCUGGUGCGCUAUAAUAACCUGGGCUCAGCGGUUUAUGCUAAAGAGAAGCUGAAUGGGUUUGAGUAUCCACCUGGUAACCAUCUCUCUGUAACCUACAUAGACGAUGGAGAGGACAGGACGAGUGCCGUGGGGAAGAUGGCGAUGCAGCUCGUGGCCGCUCAGGUGAUGUCUAUGGUGUGGAACGGCCCUUCUGCUGCAGAGCUAAUGAAGACUAGCGCGGGCUACACAGCACCGGCUGUAGCUCCGAAAGCACGUGUGCAGACAGAUGUACCUCUGCCUCCUCUGAAGAAGAUGGCGGCGUCUGACAGCGUGGUGAGGGAGAGGCUUUUCGUCAUCUUCAACCCCUCGCCUCUGCCUAUGGAUGUGCUGGAGGACGUCUUCUGUCGUUUCGGUUCCCUGAUAGACUUUUACUUGGUCCCGGGCCGGAAUGUGGGAUAUGCGAGGUAUGCAGACUGGAAACCUGCUUACAAUGCCAUAGCACUGCUGCACGGUAAAGUGAUUAACGGCGUCAAGAUGAAGGUCUUGCUGGCAGACCCACCGAAAGAGGAAUCUCACAAACGCCAGAGAACGUACUGACCUCUGACCUCACCACAGACACAGAGGUUUAGAUGACAUGACGCAUGACCCCGACAUGACAGGACACGACCUCAUAACGACGGACACUGACUGCUGUUUUAAGGUCUUUAAUUGCAAAGAAAGUGUUUUUACUUUUUACUUUUUUUUGUUCUUGUCUGCUGUAGCCAACUGCCAGCAGUUGAGGCACAUUAAACACUCACAGUUUUCAUCGCAUUUAAUUUUGACAAAUUGUAUGUUUGUUUGUUUUUUUUUGUUACACAUUGUCAUACAGCUUUUGACAUAAGGUUGAGUAUAUGACUGAACCAUUUCUUGUUUGAGUGAACUUUCCGAUUUAACAGAGGUGACAAAGCUUCAGAAGAGUUCAUGCAUGACCUCUGUAUGUUCCUGAUGUGUAUGCAAAUAAAAAGAAUUUGACAAAUUAA